AAAAAUGGCAUCCACAAAUAAUGCUGAAAUAAUCUGAAACCCGACACCACCCGCCAUUUUUCUCUGCGAGUUCAUCUUUGUCGUUUUUUCUUCAUCCCCAUAUCAUUAUUCUUCACUGUAGAGAGAGAGAGAGAAGAGAGAGAGAGCUCAGCAAACUCUACAUGGUGGUAUGUUGCUUCGAGUGGCAGUUGGACGCCAUCGCCGUCGGCAUGAAUCGCUCUCUUCCGGCCACCGUGAUCCAUUCGUAUCUCUCCCCUUUUAGGCCUCUUCUUCCUUCAUGUAAUGCCAGAUUUCUCGGAUUCCAAUUGCAGACGUGGAAGCGACUCAGGAGGCGGCUAAAGUUCGCUGUCACUGCGGAGCUCUCCAAGUCUGUAUCUCUGAAUUCCGGGUCCGAAUUUCAGUUGCCAUGGAUUGGUCCGGUUCCUGGUGAUAUUGCAGAAGUUGAGGCAUAUUGUAGAAUCUUCAGAACUGCUGAACGACUCCACUCUGUGCUGAUGGAUACACUUUGCAAUCCCUUGACUGGAGAAUGUAGCGUUUCAUAUGAUCUCACACCUGGGGAAAAUCCUGUAAUUGAGGAUAAAAUAGUAUCUGUUCUCGGAUGCUUAGUAUCACUUCUAAACAAAGGAAGGGAGGAUGUACUUUCUGGAAGAUCAGCUGCCAUGAAUUGUUUUCAGGCUGCAAAUUUAGAUGUAACGGAGGAUAGUCUACCUCCAUUGGCUGCCUUUAGGAGUGAGAUGAAGAGGUGUUGUGAAAGCUUGCAUGUUGCUCUUGAAAACUUUUUGACUCCUGGUGAUGACCGGAGCUUGGAUGUAUGGGGGAAACUUCAGAGGCUGAAGAACGUCUGUUAUGAUUCUGGUUUUACUAGAGGGGAGGAUUAUCCCUGCCAUACAUUGUUUGCUAAUUGGAAUCCCGUUUAUCUACAUAAUUUCAAGGAAGAAACUUUGGAAAAAAAUUCUGAUGUAGCCUUUUGGAGUGGUGGUCAGGUAACAGAAGAAGGUCUGAAGUGGUUAAUAGAGAGAGGGUUUAAAACGAUUGUUGAUCUUCGGGCAGAGACAGUGAAGGAUGACUUUUAUAAUGCAUUCUUACAUGAUGCUAUUUGUUCUGCGAAAGUUAAAGUGAUCAAGAUUCCUGUUGAAGUUAGGACUGCACCAACAGUGGAUCAGGUUGAGAAGUUUUCAUCAUUAGUUUCAGAUGGCAGCAAUAGGCCAAUCUAUCUUCACAGUAAGGAAGGUGUGUGGCGAACAUCAGCCAUGAUAUCCAGAUGGAGGCAAUAUGUGACUCGUAGUGAAUCACAGCUUGUAUCCAAUCAGACGAUUGCAGGUGACAUUCCACUUAGAGACACCUCUUCCAAAUUGGAACAUAAUCAAAAUGGAGCAAAAGAAUCACUGGAAAUUUCUAAAAUUGAAGAAACAUUUACCUGUGAAAAAGACAACCAAUCUUUGCUGGUAGAAAGUGCUCGUCAUGGUUCAAUUGAUUUGAUUAGUAAAAAAAAUUGUGCACAAACUGAGACAGAAAGUCAGACUGUAAAUGGAGCUUUCCACGGGCCUAUUCCGACACAAGAUCUGACAUCUCCAAGAGCAGUUGAUAGCGGGGAAGAGUAUCCGUCCCAAUCUGGCAUUGAAACUGACCCCCUGAAAGCUCAGAUUCCUCCAUGCAAUGUUUUUUCAAAAAAAGAAAUGUCCAAUUUUUUUAGGACGAAAAAGAUUUCUCCUCAAAAUUACUUCAACCAUCAUUUAAAAAAGAGAGAAAAAUGGCUACUUUCUACAGAGUUACCUGCAAGAAGAAUUCAAAGAUUUAGUGUUGACGAUAGUAAUCUUAAAUCUGGGUUUGUGGAGGCGGGAAAUUUUAACGGCAGCCCAAGUGUAAAAGAUACAUCCUCAAACACCCAUUAUUUAUCUACUACGAAGAUGAAGUAUGUCAAUGGUGAUAGUCAUGUAUCUGCCAAUCCUGUUCUUAAUGGACUUGAAGUGGAUGGAAGAAAUUCUGUGACGAUUGAAGCCUCUACUGCCGUUGGAAGUAAGUUUCAGUCUGAAUCAGAAAAAAAAGAGUUAAAGAGCAAUGGUCAAGCAAUUUCAGUUUCUGGAAAUGUUGACAUGGAAUCUGUUGAAGGAAAUAUGUGCGCUUCUGCCACUGGUGUUGUAAGGGUGCAAUCAAGAAGGAAAGCGGAGAUGUUUUUAGUUCGAACAGACGGGUUCUCAUGUGCCAGGGAAAAAGUGACUGAAUCCUCUUUGGCCUUUACUCAUCCUAGUACACAGCAACAAAUGCUUAUGUGGAAAUCCACUCCUAAGACUGUAUUACUUCUGAAAAAGCUGGGUCAAGAGCUCAUGGAAGAAGCGAAAGAGGUAGCCUCUUUCUUGCAUCAUCAAGAGAAGAUGCAUGUCCUUGUCGAACCUGAUGUACAUGACAUAUUUGCAAGAAUUCCAGGGUUUGGAUUUGUCCAAACCUUUUAUAGUCAAGACACCAGUGACCUGCAUGAGAAAGUUGAUUUGGUGGCAUGCUUGGGUGGAGAUGGAGUUAUACUCCAUGCAUCAAAUUUAUUUAGAGGUGCUGUUCCCCCGGUUGUUUCGUUUAAUCUGGGGUCCCUUGGAUUUUUGACUUCUCACACUUUUGAUAGUUAUAGGCAGGACUUAAGACAAGUCAUUCAUGGAAAUGAUUCACGGGAUGGUGUCUACAUAACUCUAAGGAUGCGUCUUCAGUGUGAAAUAUUUCGAAAUGGCAAAGCUAUUCCUGGGAAGUUAUUUAAUAUUCUCAAUGAGGUUGUUGUUGAUCGAGGCUCCAAUCCAUACCUUUCUAAAAUUGAAUGUUAUGAACAUGAUCGACUCAUAACAAAGGUCCAGGGCGAUGGAGUCAUUGUGGCCACACCUACUGGAAGUACUGCUUACUCUACCGCAGCAGGGGGUUCUAUGGUGCAUCCGAACGUUCCUUGCAUGCUUUUUACUCCAAUCUGUCCCCAUUCUCUUUCAUUUAGACCAGUUAUACUUCCAGACUCUGCACGACUCGAGUUAAAGAUUCCCGAGGAUGCGCGAAGUAAUGCAUGGGUUUCUUUUGAUGGAAAGAGAAGGCAGCAACUCUCCAGAGGAGAUUCUGUCAGGAUAUCCAUGAGCAGGCACCCGCUCCCAACCGUAAAUAAGUCUGAUCAAACCGGUGAUUGGUUUCGCAGCUUGAUUCGCUGCCUCAACUGGAAUGAAAGACUUGAUCAGAAGGCCCUUUGAAGCCACACCAUCAACAUCAUCUCAGAUCAAUAAAUCAGGUUUCUGUAAAUCACUGUACAGAUAUAGAAAAUUUGGCUUUUACAGUAAAUAGUUCAGUUUCUCAUAGGAGGAUAUAAUUGAACUGUCCUUUCUUUUCUCAUCAGAAGUGAAAGAAAAGAUGGUUGUAUACUGUCAUUUGAUAGGAAUUUCAAAUUGGAACAUUGAAGUUUCAAUGGGUAUUGAAAAAAAAUUAAUUUAUAGAUUUCUUCA